AUGGACAAGGCAAAAAUCAAUUAUCUUUUAGAAGGAGAAGUCCUAGUCAAAGGAAAGACAUUUGGGCUUUGGCAACCAAAGAAAUACAUAAUUGAUCAAGAACUUAGAAUAUUUUCAAUAAAAAGUUCAAAAUAAAAUAAAAAUUACCAUCUUGCAAAUUAUUAAGUAAAAAAAGAUUCUCAUUCUUGAUAGAUAGCAAAUGUAGAAAGAAAAAAUAAUAGAUUUCAAUUUGAAUUGAUUUCAACUAUAGGUGAAAAGAAUAUAUUAAUGGGAUCAGAUAAUGAGAAAUUUGCUAAUGAGCUUAUGUUGUUCCUAAAAAAAAUGUGUGGAUAAUAACUACGAACUUAAAGUUUAUUCGAACCUAGUUUAUCUUCUAAAUCAAUAUGUAUAAUAUAUUUUAUUACACUACAGCAUCACUUCGAGAUUACGAUUAUGAAAUUCCAUAAUUUUUUGAUACCCCAGAAAUUCGAGAUGCGUAUAUUUAUAUUCUUAUAUAUUAAUUUAGUAUUCAAAAUAUCAAAACUAAAUCUUACUUAUUAGAAUAGUAUGAGCUAAUCCAAAAUCAAGUAGUGAAGAUUUAUCGUAAUAAAAAUAAUUAACUCAAUUUUAAAGUAUUUCUAACUUUACCAGGAAAUUGUAUUAUUAUUAUUCAUAAUUAGGUUUAACAAAAUGUUAAACAUAAUUGUUUCACACUUAAUAUGAUUGGAAUAUUCAUAAUCUAAAAGAAUAUACUUAAAUUCAAGAAAUCAAAUCUGAUAAAUCCUAAAUGAUAACAGAAAUAAGAUUAAUCAAAAAUUGGUUUUAGUUUAAAAGAGAAUUCACAUAUUUAAGACAUGUAGUGGAAUUUAAAAAAAAAGAAAAUAUUAAAAUUGUUAUAGAAAAAAAAGUAGAUUAAAAAAUACAUUAAGGUACUGUUUCUGGAAUAUUAAAAUUUGCUGUUUGGGGUUUAUUCUAUGAAAAUAAUUAAACUAAUAUUGUGUUAUUCACUGAAUAGAGUUAUAAUGGUUUAGCUUUUAUAGAAGAAGAUUCAAUAUUAUCAUAACAAUAUUUUUUGCAAUAUGAAAACAUAAUAAAACCAUAAAAAAUAGAUUUUGAUAAAUAACCUAUGUAAGAUUAAAAUUCAUCCAUUAUUCCAAAUAAUAGUCCUUAAAAUGAAUUAGCAACUUAAAAAUAAAAAAUAUAAAAUAGAAAAGAAACAAAAUAAAAUUCUUGUAAAAUUGAAUAAACUGUAGAUAUAUCUAAAUAAUCAAUUUAAAAUCAAAAUAAUUUAUAACAACCUAUUCUGGUAUCAUCUCCAUAAUAGGGACCAAAUUAAUAAAUUUAAAUUUAAUCACCAUAAUAAUUGACAUUACCUUCUAAAGAUAAAAAUAUUCCAUAAAUUACAAACUUAAAAGAUGAUGAUAAAUAAGUUUAACAAUAAUAAAUUAAUAUGAAAAAAUCAGAUAAAUUAAAUGAUAUUAAUUAAGUUCAAGGAAAAACUGAUUAAAAUAAUCUUUCUUAAGGUACAUUAGAAUAAAUGAAACAAAAGAAAACAUCUAGUUCUUAAGAGUCAUCUUAAAUAGUUACAAAUAAUAUUUCAUAAAAUAUCAUAUUUCAAUAACCAAAAAUAGAAGAUGAUUGUGAAAAUGAUGAUAUUUAACCUGAAAAUGAGGGAUCUGAUGGAAAUAUUACUUAAUUUUAUGAUUGUGAAGAUGAUAUAGAUGCUAUGAAUGAUAAAUUAUUUAUUGGAUAAUAAGAUUAAUAAGCUAAUAAUGCUGAUUAAAGUGUGAUGGAUGUUAGAAAUUCAAUUACUUAAAGAUAACCUAAGGGUUAAAGUAAUUAAACUUAAAGUUAAAGUGAUACUAUUUAAAAUAUUGAAGAUUGGGUAGAAAAAAAGAUGUAGGCUUAUUUUAGUGGGAAAUUUUGUUAAAUUGCUAUUGAUAUUGAACAUAUUUUGAAUCCAUUAGUAUCAGAUAUUAAUGUAUAUUUAUAUUUAAAUAAUAAAUAAGAACAGAAAGUAUAUGAAAGAAUAAGAAGGAGGACAUUAUAUAUUUAGAAAAGAUUUUAUGAGAGAUGAAAAAAAUGGUGGAUUGAAAUGUAUAAAUGAGAUUAAAGUAAAUGCAUAGAAAAGUGUAGUCAAAUUUUUAUUAGCUAGAAUAGGUAAAUAUAUAUCAUAAUAUAAAUUAAAGGAACUUCACUCUUAAUGGGAAGAUCUCUUACUAGUAUAUCAAUGCCUGUAACUAUAUUUGAAUCUAGAUCUAAUACUGAAAGAGCUUGUAGUUCUUUGGCUUUUGCUCCUGUGUUUUUAGAUGAAGCUGCUAUUUCAAAGGAUAAAUUCUUUAGGAUUAAAUAAUGUGCAGCAUUUUCUUUUGGAUUUAUCUUUUCAUAUUUAUCUAUGGAAAAAGUAUUAUCAAUUUCUAAUAUUUUUAUUAGCCUUUCAAUCCUAUAUUAGGAGAAACCUUUUAAGGUUAUUUUGAUCAUUGUCCUAUAUAUUGUGAAUAAAUUAGUCAUCAUCCUCCAAUAUGUAUUAUAUAAUAUUAUGGUCGUAAAUACAAGUAACAUUAAUCAAAAUAUGAAUAGAAUUGAUGCUCGUUUAGAAUUAGUUGCUAAUUUUCAUUCAAAUUCAGUUGUUGGAAGAAAUGUUGGUGAAGUUAAAGUAAUAUUUGAUAACCCUCCUUAAGAAAUUAUUAUUCUAUUAGCACCUGGUUGUAUUUAUGGAACAACAUUUGGUGAUAAAUCAAUGGAUUUUCUAGAAAAAUAAUUUCUAUUUGAUUUAGAUAAUAAAUUGAUUAUGGAAUGUGCAUUUAAACCAGAGAAAAAAUAUUGUCAAUAUUUCAAUAUUGAAUAUCUUCCAUAUUCAGAUUAUGUAGCUGGAGGAGUCUGUGAAGUUACAGAUGCAGCUGUUGGUAGAUAUUUAAGAGAAGGUUAUAGAAAAUAUAAAGGUUUAGAUUUGAAAACAGAAGUGAAAUCAAUUAAAAGUAUUAUAAAGGGAGUUUGGAAUUAAGAAUUAAAAGUAUAUAAAUCAUUUUUUAUUUUAGUUUGAUAAUCAAAAAUUGAUAUCUAUAAUGACUGAUUUUCCAAUUAAAUUAGAAUUAGCAUAAUAUCCAUUACCAUCAGAUGCAAAUUUCAGAAUGGAUGUACUAAUGUGGAAAUUAAGAGAUUUUGAUUAAGCAUAAUAAUGGAAAGAGAGACUUGAAAUAUUUUAAAGAUAAGAUAGAAAAUUGAGAGAAGCUCUGGGACCAAAAAAAAAGAGGAAAUGA